AUGUGGGAAGAAGAGUUAAAAUCUAUCGAUAAGGAAGCGCGUGAUAGGAACGAGCAGAUCCCAGGAGAUUCAGUGCGUACUAGAAAGGCAUGCCCGAUUAGGGAGGUACGCUCCUGCGAUGAGGGCGGCUCGAUAUCCGCUGAGAUGACUGCUGAGGAUGGAGGUCAUGCCGACAUGAGAAGCGGGGAUGGUGAACAGAGAAACCCAUACGCACGAGAUAUGACGGCCAUGAAGGACUAUUACAGAGCUUGGGAUAGGUUCGAUGUCGAAGCUGCGUGCGAUGCUGUGGACGUUAAGGUAACCAACACGGAAGAGAGCGUAGCACCUGCAGAGGCUCCAUUGGCAAUCGACCAGAGUCUGUCUUCCGAACGGGUAGAGGCUAUGUCGGCAGCAGAAAGGCACGCCAUGUGUGAGGCUGAGAAAAUAAAAGGCAAUGAGAGCUUCGCUUCGGGAGACUUGGAUGAAGCAGAGUUGCAUUAUACGAGGGCCCUCCGUCUCCGCUCGGAUGUAUCAGUACUAUGGUCCAAUAGAGCCUUGGUGCGGCUAAAGCUUCGCCGCCCUCGAGAAGGGCUAGAGGAUGCUCAGAGAGCCAUCGCGUUGGAUCCUAAGAAUGUGAAGGCCUUUCAUCGACGUGGUAAAGUUCGCGCGGAGUUGGAUUACCUCGAGGAAGCAGUGAAAGACUUUCAGACAGCUCUCAAGUGA